UAUUGUGCCCUAUCAAUGUGAUUAGCGGUGUAUCAAGUAUUGAUGAUUCUCACUGCGAUCCUAGCGAUGACCGAUUCUCUUGCUAGCGGUAUUCUUCAGGUUUUCUGUGAUCAAUGCCUGAGAAAAGUUUGAGAAAAAAAAACUUGCUUCAAAUUCUUCAGUCCCACGCUCUACGACAAAUUGCCAUGAUGCAUAGUCAUUGAUUCAAGAAUUUCCUUUCCAUCUCAACAUGGAAGAUUUUAAUGGAACCAGUGCAGGUCUUCAAAGUUUCUUUGAUAAUUAUAAGAAAUCACUGUUUACUUAUGACCAUCCGGAAAAAAUCGCACUCAUUUCAGUUUAUGUGAUAAUUUUUGUGUUAGCCCUGGUGGGCAAUUCUCUGAUAUUACUGAUGGUGUGUUUGAAAAGAAGUACAAGGAAAAGCAUUACGAAUUUUUUCCUUGUCAAUUUAGCAGUGGCAGAUUUAUUGGUGACUUUAGUGUGUAUACCAUUGACGGUGGGCAGACAUGUAUACACGCCCUGGAUGUAUGGAGAGUUUCUUUGUAAAGCAAUGGAUUUCGUUCAAGGCGUAUAUGUAGAAGGAAGUGUGUUGACUAUCGUUUGUAUGAGUGCAGAAAGAUAUCUAGCUAUCAGACAUCCACUCAAGGCCAGAAUCUUCUGUAACACUGCAAAGGUCAAACAGGCGGUGGUUGUCACUUGGGUGACAGCGAUAAUUGCUAUGUGCCCACUUCUGAUGUACAAGAAACUUAAGAACGAGGAUCUGUCUUUCCAACUGAAGGAGAUGUCAAUUCAAUAUUGCAUAGAGACCUGGCCGUCGAAACAAGACCAGAUGAUCUAUAACAUCUUCCUGUUGUUCAUUAUUUACAUUAUUCCCGGAGUGGUAGUUAUAGUGCUUUAUUCCAUGAUAGGCUUCAGUCUCUGUCGCAAGGACAAUCGUCUGCAGCGCUCAAAUUCGAUUUCUAAUGGCCACUACGAGGAUCGCGUCAUGGUGAACAGAAGGCGCUUGGCGCGGCUUCUCAUCAUACUCUCGGUGCUGUUUGCACUCAGCUGGAUGCCGUACUUCCUAUUAAGUUUAUUUUCGUAUUUAGAGUUAAAUGUUGAGAGCCAGAAGAUAAUGAAUCAAAUUUACCCCUUCGCUUUGCUCUUGGGACAUUCCAACUGCGUCCAGAAUCCAAUAUUGUACAGCUUCAUGCAUAAAGGAUUUCAUAGGUUUACAUCGCAAAUACUCCAUUGCCGAUGUGACAGAAUUAAUGAUGGUCGAUUUAGAUAUGGUGGUUCUUAUUCUUCUGCCCACGAUAAUGGGAAUAGAAGUCCAAAUCGCUCUAAACACCGUAACAGCACUGCAGAUGUCCUCGUUAUGUACAACUAUGAACAAGCGCAUGUGAAAUCCAGACUUUUGCCCAAAAAAAGAAUAUCAUAAUUUUUUAUGUAAUUUAUUAAAUUUGUUGUAUUUGAA